UUUUAUUUCCCCGGUAGCUUUUCUAUCUCUUUUUCUUCUCUCUUCCUUUCUUCAGCCUUUUCCCCUUCGCUCCCUCCUUUUCCCGCUCUCUGCUUUACAGCUUAUCCCCUGCAUAUUCGAAGCCACGAACAUACCUGACUCACUCGGGACAGGUCAGGUACCCACCAGGAAGUCAGCGCUCACCAGGCUAUUUUGUAAAACGGCUGCCCGGUUCUGCUGUUAUUAUAUGAUUUCAGGAAGUCACAUGGGGUCUAAAGUAGUUUUCUUUCUAAGCGUGGCAGAACGUCAGUGGUUUAUUGCUGGAUUCUGGAUCUCAGCUUUUCAUUUGGGCGGGCGGAGCCCUGGACGGUCUGUUCCCUUCCUGGGGUGACGCGAGGCUGUAAGAAGUGUUUUUGGAUCCUGGAAUCUAAGGGUGGGCCCCAUGAAGGCCGGGGCUGGAAGAAGCAUUGCGCUACACCUAGACCUCAGAAUCGAUCCAGAGGCUGUUUAAAAUCAGUCGGUUUCCAGAUCUCCUUUCAGACCUGAGUCGGAAUUUCCGCGGACCCGGGCAGGACAGCAUUUUCACAGCCUGCAGAAGUAAUCAUGGAGCAGAUGGAGAACCAGGACCCGAAAUGCAGCUCCCAACCUACCUGGUUGGGGGUGCAGUGACUUGAAUGAGACAGUCUGCUGGAGCUGCCACAGCUAGCAAGUCUUUGAAGGAGGACUGACACAGAGGAAAGGGUUUGGGUCCAGCUUUCAGAAGAGCUGGGUUCCAUCUGCCUCUAUACUUUCACUACCCUUGUGAAUUUCAGCAAUGAAAAGAAUCUCUCUGAGAUGGGACAGGACCCAAUCCCUGAACUGCCAAAUAAAUUGUGAUGGUGAAAGUAAUUAAUUAAUAAAAAUAAUAUGAAAUCUAAGAAAUUGUUAAAGCUUUCUGAGGCCUGACAUUUUCACUCACAGGAAAAGUGUAGAAUAAGGAGCUUAGUGGAAUGGUUAGUAUUGAGAGGCAGAGUACAACUUUGAAAAAAGCAUUUAUUUACAGGGAGACAAAGAUGAAAUGAACAUAGUUCCUGAUCCUAAAGUGACUUGUUAGCUUAUGGGAGGAGUGUAAGAUGGUCAGAUAGGGUUCAAGGCACGGCAGAGUUGGUACCAUCAAGGAGGUUUCAACCAGGGUUAGACCAGUGGUUCUAAAACUUGCCUACACAUUGGAAUCACUGAGGGGGUUUUAAAAAAUACUAAGGCCAACCCAAGGGAUACUGAUUCAGUUGGUUUUGGCCAUGGCCUACACAUAUGGAUAGUAAAAACUCCCCAGGUGGUUCUAAUAAGCAGCCGAAAUUGAGGACCACAGGCUAGAUGUUCCAAAGACCAAGAGAUGUGUAUUGGCAAUAAGGCACAAUUUUUAGUAGAAGGAAGCUUUAAAGGUGGCAUUAUUGUUAUUAUAUUAUUAUUGAGAUAUAGUUCAUAUAUCACAUAAUUCUUUUUUUUAAAGCAUACAGUUAGGUUGGUUUUAGUAUGAUCCCAAGGUUGUGCCACCCUCCCCACCAUCUGUUUGGGAUGAUCUUGUAGCAUGUGCAGUUCUGAUGGGUUGGAAGGCAGAGGAGAAUAAUCCAUGGGAGGGUGAUGCAGAAGCAGUGGCAUCCUGGUGGGACAAAGUAAGGAGAUGGGCCACUUUUACUGCAACCCAGGGAAGAUAUCACCAGAGAAGUGGGGGGUGAUACCAGACAGCUGGUUGUGGCAGCUGGGGCAUCAGUGAGGGAGCAGAGGCAUUAUGUGUUAUAUCUGCAGACGGGGCAGCUGUGGAUGGCUUGGGCAUCACGGUUAUAACUGGGGACAGGUACAGGUUUAGGAGACCUUUGCGGUUCUCUAGGCUGAAGUAGAUGAAAGCCUGGACUAAGGUAGCUGCUGUGGGAUGGAACAGGGGUUGGGGAAGCUGAUGGUGAGUCCAAGAAAGGCAGGGGGAAAGGGAUCAGAGGGGACCAAGCUGGUGGUGUUGCCAGAGAACUAGGGGGACAGGGAGAGGCUGGUGUGCUGGGAGGUGUAGAGUCUGCUUGUAGACCUGCUGGAUUUGAGGGGCAGGUGGCCCCAGAGGUGCAGAUGUCCUGAGGCAGGUUGGAAAGGGUGUCUGGAGAGAGGUUGGCGCUGGAGUGGAUCAUGGGGAGUGGCCUCACUGGGCUUGUGAUCCCUGUCCCCUCCCCGCGGUUCCUGCCCCGCCCCCGUGGCUGAGUCAGUGGCUGCAAGUUAGGCUCCCAGCCCGGCCGGGAGGCGUGCUUUCAGGGUAACUUGUGGAGUUGCUCAGGACUGCCGCACUGAGCGCUCCGUCCCGGCGCCUUCUGUUGCUGUGCUGCAGCCUCCGGGAGGCUGGAAAAGUCUAGGCCAUGCGGCUUCUCCGUGUCCUGAUGUUUCUAUUCGAUGUUACCCUUCUUCCACUCCUAGGUUUCACAGCCGAAAGCAGUCUCACCUGCACUCCGUCCUCCCCAGGAUUGCACAGUCUCCAUUACAGUCUCACAGUGCUGUGGCAGGAUGGGUUUGUGCAGCCGAGCUUUUCAGCUGAGGGACGCUUGGAUGGUCAGGCCUUCCUGCACUAUGACCGCGGGAAGGGCAGGGCAGAGCCCCAGGGACCGUGGGCAGAAGACUUUGCAGCUGAGAUGUGGGACACAGAAAUCAAGGACUUGACAGAGAACGGAAGGGACCUCAGACAACUUCUGGCAGAAACAAUGUCCCUGCAGGAGGAUAAAGGAGGCUUGCAUUCCCUGCAGGAGACUGUGGGCUGUGAAAUCCGAGAAGAUGGCCAGGCCAGGGGCUUCAGAAGUAUCUGCUAUGAUGGGAAGCUCUUCCUCUCCUGUCACCCGGAGACCCAUGGAUGUAGAGUGCCCCAGUCCCUGGAUCAGACCUUGGCCAUGAAAAUCAAGAAGUCCUGGGACACAGAUGGCUUUCAAAGCAAGCAUUACUGGGCCCAUGUGCAGGGAGAGCUUUGUGCAAGACUGCGGAGCUACGUGGAGUCCCGCAUGGGCUUCACGGACAGAACAGUGGCCUGGCUUCAGGAUGAGGACCCCGUGAGCCAGGAUGCCCAGCAGUCUGGGGGUGUCCUGCCUGAUGGGAACGGGACUUACUGGACCUGGGUGACCGUAAAUAUUCCCCAAGGAGAGGAGCAGAGGUUCACGUGCCACGUGGACCACAGCGGGAAUCACAGUGCACACCCUGUGUCCUCUGGAAAUACCCUGAUGCAUUGGAGCCCAUGGCUGACCCUGGCUGCUGUUGUGGUUUGUAUUUUCAUCAUGUUUUGAUCCAAGAAGACGACGACAUCAGCUGUGGAGAGCCCAGAGCACAUUAGCCUACAAGACCUGGCUCCACACCACCGUAGUAGCCUCACAACUGGAAUUUAAGUCUUUGUAGUCAGAUCUAAUUCAACUGCGGGAGCUUAGACUCUGCACCUGGGAGGCCUAAGUUCAGCUCCCCACUCUGGUCUGACUGGAACUUUCCCUCUUGAUACCUCAGUUUCCUCAUCCACAAAAUGAGAAAAACAGUGUUUAUUUCCAAGUGAGGUUCAUAGGACUAAAACUGGAAUAUAUAUGAGGUGCUUCCAGCUGCUCCACACUAUUUAACACUAUUCUUAUUAUAUUAGAGUAAUAUAUUAAAUGGACUGGUUAUAUUAUUAUAAAUAAGAUUUAUCUGUAAAUUCCUUCAUUGCGGCUCCUCCUGAGGAGACUUAUUAUAGGUUUCUGGAAACCUGAUGUUCCCUUCACCCCCGUCGCGCUCGUAUAUGCAUUACUUCACUCUGCAGUAUCUUUAUAAUUUCACAUUAUAAGUUUUAAUGUUCUUUAAACACA